AUGUUCUCUCUUAAUUAAAUUAGAACUCCGAAAUUUUUAAAAUGUUUGAGAAACUAUAGAGUGAAGAAUUAAAUUUUAGUGAUUUAACUUUUAAUAUUUAGUGUGAUAAUAGGGUUUUUAACAAUAGCCUUGGUAAUUAAUAGAGUAAUAAUUGAAUCUGUAAUAGAGAAGGUGUCAUUAUAAUUGUUGUAAAAUAUAAAUCAAAAGGCUCUUUUUAAAUAAUCAACUUAUUUGGAAUACUAAACCUUCUUAACUUUUAAUUUUGGGUUCAGUCUGCUUAAUAAAAUUAAUAAUGAAAAUUUGUAUUUGCUUAAGUAAUAAAAUAUAAGUUUGAAUAAUACACCAUUUAGUUGUGUUGAUUAUAAUGGAAGAGAGAAAUAGGAUUUUGAAUAUUAUAUACCAUAGUUUUGUUAUUAUUAUGCAAAUCAAAUAGAUUACGCAUAAAUUCCAAAAACAAAAAUUGAUUAACAUUUGAUAGUUUUGAUUUAAAUGUUAAAUGAAUAAUUAUUGUUAAUUGGUUAUAGUGAAUUAGAACCAACAAUAUAUUUAACAUAAUAAGGAGAAGGGUAAUUUUUUAGUAUCAUUCCAUAAAAAAUGAGAUAUCCUCAGUACAGACCUAAAUAAAGAUAAUGGUAUUAAGAUCAUAUAGCUACUUUAAAUAGUAGUGAUUAAAGUGAAGUAGUAUCUGAAAUUUACAGAAAUUAUGAAACUUAAGAAUUUGAAUUUACAUUAACAGUUUCUUUAACAAAUGAAUAAUUAGAAUUUGAUGGAGUUAUUGCUUUGGAUAGUAAUUUCUAAGUUAUCAAACCAAAAAUCAAUUAUGACUAAUUAAAUAUUUAUUUAGUUGAUUUAGCUGGAAGGAUAUUAAUUUCAAAUGUCUAUCCAACUGUGAACUUUGUUUAAGAGAUGAAAUAUUUUAAUGAUACAUCUAUUACUGGAUUUGAUAAUGAAGAUUGGGAUUAAAUUCUUAAAUAAAUACACUAACAAAAUGGAUAAUCUAAUUGUUAAUUUGAAUAUAAGAAUUUUUGUAGACAUAAUAAAUUAUUUGGAUAAGAUUUAUUUAUUAGAGGAUUUGGUAUCCAUAAUAGAUUCUAUUAAAUUGUGUAAGAAUUUUCAAAUAUAUCUAAGAUUUGUAGAUUACAAGUUUAUGGAACAAAAUGACAAUGACACUUAAGAAUUGAAAUCUGAAUUACUUGGUUAGGCAACUGCUUAAUUGAUAUAUUAUAUCAUUUAUAAUAUUUCAGGAAUCUUAUUUUGUUGGAUAAUUAUGCAUUUCUUCUUAAAACCUUAUUAUUAAUUAACUAAACUAUUUCAAUAGACUACUUAAACUAAAUUUAAUCAGAAAUAUGAAAUUGCUUUAAAGAAAGUUAAAAUAUUUAAAUAAAACAAUCUUAUUCAAACUGGACUUGAUAAUCUAUGUAAUAAACUAUCAGAAAUCAGAUCUAGAAAAUCUAGAGAAUGUCAUUAUAUGGAAAAUUAUAAAUAUCCUAAAAAUUUAGCUAAAAAUGCGUAUAAAUUUAGAUAGUAUAUUAAACAAUUUCCAAAAGUAUGAUGAAUUCUUUAUUUAGAAAUCAUAAAUUGCAUAUUUAUAAGAAUCAAUAAAUACAAUUUAUUAAGAGAUAUUAGAAACUCUAGCAGUUAACAAUGAUGAAUUCUACUAUAAAUUGAUAUGA